AGAACCUGCUCAACGCCCCCCACCUGUGUCCCUGCAACUUCGUGCGCAGCCCUGGUGGUUCCCAAUUCAGGAACUCAGCAAUCUUCUGGUGCUCUACAUGGAAGCCUGGUUAGCAGAAAGGAUCAUUGGCCCAGACCAUGCCGAAAUCUCAGAAAUGGAGUGGAUGGGCCAAGCCCUGCUAAGAGUGGACUCAGCCAACUGUGGGAACCUAGCUGAAAUCACCAUCUUUGGACGACCCAGUGCACAGAUUCGAUUAAAAAAUAUUCUCUUGAACAUGACUACCUGGCACAAAGAAGACGAAGCCCAAAGAGCUAUGAAGAUAAAUGAAGUUGAAGAGUUUUUGAAAGUCCGUGCCUCCUCCAUCUUAAGCAACUUAAGUGCCAAAGGGCCGAAACUGGCUGGCAGCCCGCUUCCGCCAGAGUGAAGAGAAAUACACCGCUGGAUUCUUAAACCACUACACGUGUUUUCCUACCUGCCUUCACGAAGACCUUCUGUUUAUUUUUCUUUGAAAAUAACAAUUUGUAGAACUAUUCCAAUAUAAAAAAAAAUUUU